AUGGUUGUAUUGGGAGACGUUGCAACCAUAGGAAAUAUUCUUGAUCGAAAGUCAGGAAUAACAGGUGACAGACCACCCUUCAUCAAGCAGCCCAAUUCUAUUUUCGAGGGCGGUUCGUUGGCUUCGACAAUCUCGAUCUCUCGCAAAUGGCGAGCAAAACGUCGCGCAAUACAUGUCAAUCUCAACGUCCACGCAACUGCACGAUUCAAUCCUAUGCAGGAGCAUGAGGCGGCUAGUCUUGCCUUGGGUUUCCUGAUACAUCCAGAAAUCUCGUUGGUGCAACAUACGCACCGAUUCUCCGCAUCAGUUAUCUUUCGCUGCUUGUACGGUGGUGACCCGAUCCCCUUCAAAGGUGUGGAUCGUAGCAAGCGGCUAUCAGAGCUCACCGAAGUAAUUGGCCGGGCGGUGCAGCCGCAGCAGAGUGUGGUAGACAUAUUGCCUUUCCUCAAACCAGUGAUCUGGAAUGUAAAGUGGUUGAGGAAACAAGCCGAUGACUGGUUUGACGAGGUAGAGGUAGAGGCCAACCACUUGUGGGAUUCCGCUGUGCCCUCAGAUAACUGGGAUGCGAUAACGUCUGUGCACGACUUGAACCUACAUAUGGGCAAGUAUGGUCUCCCUAAACCCCAGGCAGUGUGGAAUACUUUGAGUUUGUUUUUGGCAGGACAGGAAACGACGGACGCGACAUUGCAGGUGUUUGUUCUGGCUAUGCUUCACCAUCCUCAAGAAGCCCGAAAAGCUCAAGAGCAACUGGAUGCUGUUUGCGGAGACCGACCACCCACAUUCGACGACAGAGACAACUUGCGAUCUAUCGUAGCGAUUAUGAAAGAGACGUUGCGAUGGAGGACGAUCUCUCCGUUGGGGCUCCCACACAGAGCAUCUCAGGUGAGGGAAUUCGAAUAUCGAGGCUACUUCAUCCCCAAGGGCACGAUAUUACUUAGUAAUAUUUGGGGAGAGACGCAUGACUCUGCUGUCUAUACCGAUCCGGACACGUUCGACCCGUCUCGCUUCCUGACGUCGUCUGGAGCAUUGGCGCCCACCAAGCCAGACACACGAGAAGAUCAGCAUCCAUUUGGUCACGGCCGGCGGAUCUGCCCAGGACGAGACUUUGCAAAUAACAGCUUGUUUAUCGCCUUUGCUUGGAUGUUGUGGGCAUUCAAUUUUGAAUGGCCGCGCGACGAAGAAGGAAGGGAUAUCGUUUGCGGCGUGGACGAGUUUGUGGAUAAAGGGACUGUGACCGGGCCGAGGGAAUUCGGAGUGGUUUUCAGGGCAAGGAAAGCCAAGCUCAAAGAGACAUUGGAGGCAGCUGUCAGGCUCUGAUAUUUGGGUGGUGCACUUAGAUGGUGUGAGG